GAGCUAGGUUGCAUUUUCACUGUGCUUGGGAGGAAGAGGUAUAGCUAUGGCGUGCUCGUCGUCGGCAACAUGCGUGAUCAAUUCCGCUAGGGCAGCUCCGGGCGAGGGUUUUAGGAAUUCACAUUGCGUCCCGGCGGCAUUGCGGCCGGGUCUAGGAUCUUCAUCGCUUCCAUCGCUUUCCUCGGGCAAAAUCUCGUCCAGGACACUAGAGCUAAGAACGCCCUCUCGGAUGGUCGCGUUUGCGACGGAGACAUCCUCCACUGAAGCAGCCGCUAACGAUUUUUUGAAGAAGAUCCAAGACGCUUGGGAGAAAACUGAUGACAAGCUCGCAGUUGGCGGCCUGGGCUUUGCUGCGUUGCUAGUUUUGUGGGCUUCGACUGGACUUAUCGCGGCGAUUGAUAAGCUUCCAAUCCUGCCUACGUUCUUCGAGCUCGUUGGCCUUUUGUUCUCCUCAUGGUUCGUCUACCGAUACUUGCUCUUCAAACCUGACAGAGAAGAGCUGCUCAAGAAGAUCGACGAAACAAAAGGAAAGAUUACCGGCUCCGAGUGAGUUCUUUCUCCUUCGGUUCAACUUUUGCAGCGAGAAGCCUGUAACUUCUACAACCGAGCCAGUAAAUAAAAACCUUGAUGAUUUUCCGAGCUA